ACUAUCCAUUUCUUCCUAUAAAUACCACUCUCACAAGCACUUCAAAGCAAACCAACACUCCAUCCUUUUGCUCCUUUUGGUAUCAUGGCAACUUCCUCCACUUCCCUAGUGUUCAAGGUUCACCGACAUGAACCUGAACUAAUAGCUCCGGCUAAGCCUACCCCUCAUGAAUACAAACUAUUAUCCGACAUCGAUGAUCAAGAAGGUCUUCGGUUCCAAAUUCCGGUUAUCCAAUUUUACAAAUACAACCCUUCCAUGCAAGGAAAAGACCCUGUUAGGGUGAUCAGGGAGGCACUUGCACAAGCGUUAGUGUUUUAUUACCCGUUUGCCGGUAGGCUAAGGGAAGGAGCUCAGCGCAAGCUGAUGGUGGAUUGCAGCGGUGAAGGUGUAAUGUUUAUCGAAGCGGAUGCGGAUGUUACGCUGGAGCAAUUCGGUGAUGCACUUCAACCACCAUUCCCAUGCUUGGAGGAGCUCCUUUAUGAUGUUCCGGGUUCUACUGGGGUGUUGAAUUGCCCCGUAAUACUUAUUCAGGUAACGCGACUUAGAUGCGGUGGUUUUAUCUUCGCCCUUCGCCUGAACCACACCAUGAGCGAUGCUGCUGGCCUAGCUCAAUUCAUGUUUGCUGUAGGAGAAAUGGCUCGUGGUAGGCUUACCCCAUCCAUUCCACCCGUAUGGGAAAGGCAUCUGUUGCGGGCUAGAGAUCCACCGAGAGUCACAUGUAAGCAUCGUGAGUACGAAGAAGUAGAGGGAACCAUUGUCCCCUACGAUGACAUGGUCCAUCGGUCCUUUUUCUUUGGCCCCAUGGAAGUCUCAGCACUUCGCAAACUUGUGCCAAAACACCUUCGUAAGUGUUCAACAUUUGAGCUAUUGACUGCUUGUUUAUGGCGUUGUCGAACCAUCGCAAUUCAAGCUAAUCCCGAGGAAGAGGUACGUAUUAUAUGCAUCGUAAACGCACGUUCCAGGUUUAAUCCUCCAUUAUCUUCGGGGUACUAUGGGAAUGCAUUCGCGUUCCCAGUGGCAGUAGCACAAGCAGGGAAACUUUGUCAAAACCCAUUAGGGUAUUCAUUGGAGCUGGUGAAACAAGCAAAGAAUGAUGUAACAGAAGAAUACAUGAAAUCAUUAGCAGAUUUAAUGGUGAUUAAGGGUCGACCACAUUUCACGGUUAUUCGAUCUUACCUGGUGUCGGAUGUGACACGUGCCGGGUUUGAUGAUGCGGAUUUCGGGUGGGGCAAGGCAGUUUAUGGUGGUCCAGCUAAAGGUGGAGUAGGGGCAAUACCUGGAGUAGCAAGUUUUUUAAUACCAUUCAAGAACAAGAAAGGAGAGGCUGGAAUUGUGCUACCAAUUACGUUGCCAGCCCGAGCUAUGGAAAUAUUUGUGAAAGAAUUAGAUGGCAUGUUAAAGGGAAAGCCAAUAGAACGUAAACCCGGUUUCAUUUUAUCUUCCUUGUAAAAUUAACAAGUGAAAAUCUAAAGUUCAACAUUGGUAAGGUAGUUUAUAAGUCAUCUUUAGGCGUGGGACUCCUUUUAUAUGUUCACUAUCUUGUAUAACUAUAUAUAUUUGGUAUGCAUGGCGUGUAAAAUAUUUCAUACUUGUAUUUUUACAUUUUAAAGGAAGAAUUAUUUUCGAUGCUUGACAAGUUUAAAAA